UCUAUGUAAGACGAAUUCACGGCUCGAAACUCGAUAAUGGCGUGCAUUGUACAAUUAGGCAUUGUUUGUAUAGUUCUGGUUGUGCAAGUGAUCCGAGGCUGUCCGAACGGCUGGGAAACUUAUGAUGAAUCCUGCUAUUUUGUGCCCGACCUGAGGGAAGAUUGGACAGCAGCAUCAACCACGUGUGGCUUGUACCAGGCGCAUCUCGCUGAGGUUGUAAAUGCUAACGAAGAUAACUUCUUGAGGCAAUUAAUCACCAAACAUCAUAGUGGACACGGAGGCAACAGAUACUACUGGUUGGGCGGAACCGACAUGGUGGUGGAGGGAGAAUGGCGUUGGAUUAAAACUGGUCAGUCUAUAAAUUAUACCAACUGGGCCCAUGGCGAGCCUAACAAUCACCACUCCCAUGAGGAUUGCUUAACAGCGCAUCUCACCAGCGAAUCUCACUUCCACUGGGUCGAUAGGCAAUGCACCUACAAAUGUUAUUUCGUUUGUAAGAUAAGUGCCCAUUGGAUACAGCUUGGUUGAAAAUGAAUGGAUACAUCAUUUGAAUUACAAAAUAAACUAAUAUAUACAUAUCUGA